AUGCACCUGCGAGCACACACGCUGACCAUCCACCGUCUGGGGGCUCGGACCCUCAUCCGCACCCUGGAGAGCGACCUCAGAGGCGAGGAGGAGCAGGAGGAGGAGGGGCAGAAGAAUGAGAAAGUGGAGGCAUUGAAGAAGAAAGUAAUCGAUCUGAGUGUCCAAUCAGGAGUGAGCAGCGUCUUGACUGCCUUCAUCGCCGUGCAUGCUGGCAGUGGGCAGUCUGUGCAGGGGCCACUGUUGCGCAGAAAUGUACCCACUGUGUGUCUUGGUGCACCGAUGCCUAUGGCUUGCAUGGCACGUUCAGCAGCUCGAUCUCAACUGCUGUGCGAUAGCCUAUGUGAUUUGGAAGGUGAGGACGGGGCCAUCAUGGAUUUUGCAUGUGAUUACAGCCUUGAUGUUCAGGAACCCGAAUUAAUCGCGGAGAAGGCCCCCAGGAAAGACCCCCUGCAAGAUCUGAUUUCUCUGCAGAAAGCCUCCGGGUCCUGGGAACUGGUUCCGGAGCUGGCCCAGGUGUUUGGGAAGACAGAGGACGAGAUGACCAGACAGAUGCCUGUGCAAGUUGAUGGUGCUGUGUGGGCCACCGUUCUGGCCCUUCUUUGGCUCUAUGGAUUCAGGUUGGAGGACCAGGAGGAGUGGCAGUUUGUGGCCAUGAAGGCCGCAUCCUGGAUCCGCGCAAAGACAGGGUGUAGUGCAUCUCAGUGUGUGCAGGCUGGAAACACUCUUCUGGGUUGCCAGGUGCAGGAGGGCACCCUUGGGCUGUGAAAACGAUGACACCCCUUGACACUCCAUCCCCUCACUUUAUGGUUGUGGUGUUUUCAGCAUUAUCUCUAGCGCAGCUAAUCCCCACAUUUCUGCAGUUCCACUUUCGUAGUUAACUGCAGGUCUUCUCAAGAUUCUGUAAUUAUGGCUACUCUUAAACAAUAAAUAACUGAGGCAAGUAUUAUGGCUGCUGCUGUAGUUGAUAAAAAUAAAUUGCUAAAACACUUUGCAAUUAAAUAUAUCAUUUAUCACAUGCUGCUGUUACUGUUAUCAUUACCAGUAGUGCAUAUCCAUUAGCUGCAGUGCAGACAUUUGUUAGAAAUGGACAGAACUGGAGGAGCCCUAGAGAGGUGUUACACAGGUGAACAGUUGAGAUUAGAAGAGGUGGAGCUAGAGAUGGGAAUAUUCUGAGGCCUCAUGCUGACAUAGCUCAUCUUGAGAUUUCUCUGUGCUUUGCCACUGUAUGUUCUAAUAAAGUAUCUGACCUUUUUUUAAAAAGUGCAAAUGUUGUAAAAGAGUCUUUAUUUUUUGAGUGUAUGUUAUGCUGUUUUGUUUGUUUGGCCCUGACUGAGAAGGCGCUUGAGCUCCGUGGUAUUGCCUUUCUUCCUUAAUACUGCUGGUUGUCGCAGCGCUCUGAGGGUUAGCGGGGCAGAGCUCUGAGGGCUAGGAGGGCAGUGUGAUGAAAUGGUCAGCCAUGCUCUUUACUGGUAAUAUUUUUUUCAUUUAUUCAUUGAAGGAGGGUUGGAAAUAUUUUGGAACAUUAGCAUAGGGCUACAUGUUCACCUUUUUCAUUGUCAUGGCCAAAGUGGUAUUGUGUCCUUUCUGGAGGAAGCACCUGUAACAACAGUAUUGUCUCUCACUCACUGAGCCAGAGCUUCCACAGUAAUGAUAUUCACCACAAGAAGCCGGUAAGGCUAGCAAAAUAGCAGCAGCUCUUUAACUCUGUCUUUUCGGUUAUUAUGACCGUGUCGGUGUGCUUUGCUGUCCCACAUUUUAUUUGUUAAAGGCCAACAGUGGGUUAACUUUGGUGCAAGGCAUCGGAAGACAUGUUAUGAAUUAAUUAAUUGUACGUUGCUGCUAUGAAACUGAAAUUAUUAGGAUACUGUACCGUUUAUGCUACAGCUGUUCCUGUCAGAUAAGUAUUCUUGUUUAUCAGGCUUAGGCAAAGUAAGUAAAAACUUUCCGGUUACCGAGAUGUAAUGUUCUCUUCUUUUUUUUUUCUCCUCAUGUUUUUUAUGCAACACAUCACAUGACUUCUUUUAAUAUUGGGACACAGUCCUACAUUUCCUGUUACCACCCCUGUGUCUACUUUUUUCCACUUAACUCUGGAACAGAAGUCAUUGAAAAUUAAACUCAAUGUGCCCAGAUGAAGUGAAUUAAAUGGACUGACACACUGUCUCCAAGAUUUGUGAUUUAAAAGAUCCAUUUAACAGGAAAGGAAGAGGGUACACUAUUAUUUCUCAUUUACUUGUCCUGGAAGUCCCAUUGAGAUUAUUAUCUCUUUUUUUCCAAGACCUAACCAAGAGGCAUCAAGACGCAGGCAUACAUUCAGAAACUCAUUGCGAAAAGCCAUAUUAAAACUGACAAAAUAUUAACAAGAUAACCAACAUUAAAUGCACAUUGAUGGACAAUGUAAAGGUUUCAAUGCUUGAAAUCAAAUCUUGCUUGACAUCAGGAAUAAGCAACUGUAAUCUGAGCUUUUUUGUAGCAACAACCAACACCAGGGUGCAUAAUAUUGAAAAGCCAUCUUUUCAAGUUCAGCGCAAAAGUGGGGUAUUAAGUAAAGUAAAUGUGUGACCACUAAGAUAAAAGAUCACACAAGUAACAGGAAAUGUUUCUUAUCAGAGCUUUAUGAAUAGUACCAGCUGAUUAUGAAGUCAGUCCUUCCAUUUCAUAACAAAGACAGUUGUGGGUUACCUCUUGCUGAGAGGGAGAAUCAUCACUUGGCCUCUGGAACUGUUUUUUAAAUGUUAAUUAUUUAUAAAAUGGUCUUUCCAUUUUCCAGAUUCCACCAUAACAUGGGCUCCUUUCAAUCAACUGCAUUCAAACCAUUAAUUGUUCAGUUGUAAUCGUCUGUUUGUAGUAGUAAGUCAUUGUCUGUUAAUUGUUAUUGACCAGCUAAGGUAAUAAAUACCUUAAAUAUAGGUGUGUAGCUGGAGGAGGGCUCACUUUGUGACUUGGUU